AUGGCGGCAUACGGCGGGCUCUCCAAAAGCUUCCGUAUACAAAGCGGUGUCCGUCAGGGAUGUCCACUCUCUCCAUUCCUGUUUAACUCUGUGAUCGAUGAAACCAUGAGACGAACGCUGAAAGGUCUCCAAAACCCCGAUGUUCAAAUAGCCUAUAACGAAUGCUUUGUCAAUCUGGACAUCAUUCACAUGUUCGAAGAGGAGGAGAAGACGCAAGUAGUCUUGUAUGAACUGACCAAAGUCAUCCCGUCCUUUGGUAUGCACUCUGCACCCACAAAUCAUGCUCCUGGACAUACAGACACUGAACACUCCACUUACAAUCCGGGGGAAGCACUCGAAGUUGUAGAGCAUUUUACGUAUCUUAGAAGUUGUAUUAGUUCCAACUGUAGUGUGACGGUUGAGGUCAGUACAUUAAUCUGCAAGGCUCGGGCCGCGAUUACUAAUUUGAGACACCUAUGGCGUCAAAAUGGUCCAUCCCUGAAGCUCAAGGGAAGUGUGUAUCAAGCUACAGUACGGGCUGUUUUGUUGUAUGGCUGUGAGACCUGGCCUGUUCGGGCAGCGGAAGUGAGACGUCUUCAAGUGUUCGACAAUCGUUAUUUCAAAGCCAUUGCUCGUGUGGGCUGGUGUCGGCGUAUCCGUAACGAGGCAGUUAGAAACCGCAUUUACGGUUAUGCAACGGAUACUUCCAUUGAAGAAUGUGUCCAACACCAGAAGUUGCGUUGGUUGGGACAUGCGGGUGUGAAAGAAAUAACGAAACGUUUGGAUACUGUCGAUGCUACUCGCCUUCCAGGAUGGGGACUGCGUGGUCCUCACUGUGCCUGGUUGGAGACACCACAAAAUAUGCUGUCAACCAAUGUCAGUGACGUUCUUGUUCAACAAGUGAAUGCCCAAAAUCCACCGAGACUCUCAGCUCCGCUAGAUGUUGACCAGACAGACAAAACCCCCUCAACAUGCAGCGCCUCACAGCCUUGUAUCAAACCCAGGCAGCGAGAUUCAGCGUUGAUCAAGAAACUACUCACAAAGUUGCUAAAAAACAGCCCACAACCGGUUUCGCCCUACUCGGGGCUCAUCAGGGUUUUCAUGAAAGAAACUACUCACAAAGUUGCUAAAAAACAGCCCACAACCGGUUUCGCCCUACUCGGGGCUCAUCAGACUGUUUUUUAUAAAUACACUCACUUGCAAAUCAAUUUGGUUUCCUCGAGAGACUCCACCGAAUCUAUCGUUUGUGAUAUUCUACAACUGAAUGUGCUGCACAUUGGCCGCCUAUCUGAUGAGCCCCAAGAAGGGCAAAGCCGGUUGUGGGUUGUCGAAGAGUUUUCAGCAACCUUUCAAGUUAAGGGAUAUACACUCGUUUGCAAACUAAUUUGGUUUUCCGAGAAACCCACCUGGAACCCAGUUGAAUCUUUCGGUUUUGCUGUUUCCAAAUUGGGUCUGGAUGACUAUCAGCUUUGGCUUCGACGAAUGUUACAUGAAGUUGCAUCCAGUGAACAGGCACAAUCGGUUGCCGAGGCAAAUGCACAACUAAGAGAACAUGGUGAACUCAAAGCUGAGCUGGAGGAUAGACGAGAAGAGUUUGCCAAAUUAAUUCAAUAUGGGCGGUGCAUCACAUCGGGCGAGACUGACAAACACUAUGUGGAACUCGACCAGCGUCUGGACAGGUUAGAGUCGACCUGGAUGGAAGUUGUCCAAAUGUGGCUACAUCGCCAAAAGAUGCUGGAGGAUGAUGUGCUCAUUCAGAUAGUUCAGUCCUGGAAAACAUCCAGCACCAUCAACUACGGUGACUCAGUCAUGUGCUAUGCAUGUCAAAACACCGUCAACCGAGGCAAAAGUUGUUCUCCUUGUCUCCUUCAGAAUGGCGCAAGGUUUACCAUUUAUGACUUGAAAGGCGUGAAAGAUAUUACGAAGGGUUUAGAUCUUGCUGGUGCCUCCUGUUUCCCAGCAUGCGGUCCCCAAUGGCUCUUUAUGCUUGGUUGUGGUCACUGCAAGAAACGACGGCAUAUCUAUGUCAUUAACACUAACCUUGUCAGUUUCCUUCCAGAUCGUCUGAUUAAGCGCUUGGAGAAACUUUUCAGCGAGAUGCGACAACUCGAGACAAUCUUUGGAACGCAAUCAAAUCGAAUGGUUGAUCGGGAAUUACUGCAACAUUCUCAGAAAGAAGAACUCCGCCGGAUUUUGACCGAACAGAUCAAUAUUGUUGAGAAACUGAAGGCAUGUGAGGACAAAGUUGAGGACGUCUAUCGAUCCGGAACAAAACUGGUGUUCAAACGAGUCGGACCAAUGGAAAAAAUUCAGAAUAGGAUAAUCAACCUAAAAUCAAGGCCACUUUAUGUUUCAGUUGGCACGAUAUUCGAGAUAUCGCAGUAUAUUUUCAUAAAAGAAACUACUCACAAGGUUGCUGAAAACUCUUCGACAGCCCACGACCAGGUCGCCCUUCUUGAGGCUCAUCAGGGACCACCCAACUGCGCACUGAUGAUGUCUCCUCUUAUGGCGGCGAAACGUUUGCAAGUCAGUUUCCAGGCUCGGCAAACCAAGCAACAGCCUUCUGAUCAUUAA